AUUCCUAUUCCUUUUCCUUUUCCUUCUCCUUCUCCAAAUCCCAAAAUAAUUGGUUCCAAACGGAGCCUUCCUCUCUCUCACGCUGCCACAAAAUCUUCCACCAUCCUCUCUCUCACUUUGGCGCAAAAUCCUCCACGACCUCCUCUUCUCUUCCCAUCGUUGGCUUAGCUGCACAGCCUACACCCCCACUCUCCUUCUCUCUCCCAGAGUUAAACUUCACAGUACACACAAAAAUUGCAGAUCUGUCUCACUCGGGUAUAACCGAGUAACCGACAACGAACCAACAUCUCAGUAAUCAACCACGGAUUCAUCAUCUUUUUCAAAUUUGCUUAUUGGAGAUUGUCGAGCUCUUCUAUCAACCAUGAUUUACACAGCGAUCGACACAUUUUAUCUAGCAGAUGAGCAAAUUAAAAUUUCACCUUCUAGGAAAGAUGGCAUAGAUGAAGCAACAGAAAUUACACUUAGAAUCUAUGGCUGCGAUCUCAUCCAAGAAAGUGGCAUCUUACUUAGACUACCUCAAGCAGUAAUGGCCACUGGGCAGGUUCUGUUUCAUCGCUUCUACUGCAAGAAGUCAUUUGCUCGUUUUAACGUCAAGAGAGUUGCUGCUAGUUGCGUUUGGCUUGCAUCAAAACUUGAGGAAAGCCCUAGAAAAGCAAGGCAGGUCCUCAUUGUUUUCCAUCGAAUGGAAUGCAGGAGGGAGAACUUACCCAUUGAGCAUUUGGACCCAUUUUCUAAGAAAUAUGCAGAGUUGAAAAUGGAUUUGAACAGAACAGAGAGGCAUCUUUUGAAAGAGAUGGGUUUCAUCUGCCACGUGGAACAUCCUCAUAAAUUUAUAUCGAACUACCUUGCUACCCUUGAAACACCCCCAGAGUUGAGACAAGAAGCUUGGAAUCUUGCAAAUGAUAGUUUGCGUACAACUUUAUGCGUGCGAUUCAAGAGUGAGGUCGUUGCCUGUGGGGUUGUGUAUGCUGCUGCACGUAGAUUCCAUGUACCCCUUCCCGAGAAUCCUCCAUGGUGGAAGGCAUUUGAUGCAGAGAAAUCUGGGAUCGAUGAAGUCUGUAGAGUUCUUGCACACCUAUAUAGCCUUCCAAAGGCAGAAUAUAUACCAGUAUGUAAAGACGGGGGUUCAUUUUCAAUGUCUAAUAGAUCAUGGGAUUCACCGUCUCGAUCAGUUCCAAAGGAAGGUUCAGGUGGCCCUCCAGCAAAUAAUGAUACCAAUACUCCCAAUGCAGCUUCCGCAGCAGUUAAUUUGGAAUCCGGCGGGUCCAAGUGUGCACUGAUAAAAGUCGCUCUUGACAAAUUGAAAGAAUCAAAGAAGAGUGAUGAUGAGUCCAAAAGCAUGCCUAGUGAGGGAGAGUCAAGAGAAACAGUGCCGAAAUCAAAGACUGAGCGUAGAACACAGGCAAGUGGGGAAAGGGCAAAAGAGAGAGAUUGGGAUAGGGAAAGGGAAAGAGAAAAGGAGAGACUAAUAGCUCGGGACCGCGAUAGGGGGAGGGACUCUGACCGGGAACGAGAGCAAAAGGAAACCGGAAGGGACAGAGAUAAAGUCAAGGACAGGAGUCACCGUUCGAAGGACAAAGGAAGUGAUUCAGGUUGGUUUAUAAAUGUAUAAUGGGGGGUACCCGGAGAAAUCAAAACAUCAUUCAGCUCGUGAUCGUGACCACCACAGCUCCUCUUACUCUUCAAGGGAGAAGGACCGCCACAGACACCAUUCAUAUGCGUAAACUGGGUGUAACAUUUGACCGUGUCCAAGUUUUAGCUGCUCAAAAUACCUCAAAGUUGUAUGUUUAGUCUGCUUUUGGCAAUCGAUGUGAGUGAAAAGCACGCGAUUCUUCUUCGUCUGAGUUUAAAUGUGCAAUUGUGGGCAAAUGCUGAUGGGGAUGGAGUUAGGGCACUCAUUGAGGUGAAGUUAAUAAUAACUUUUUUGCCAAAUAGCUUUUUGUAAAAAAGGGAAUGCACUGUAUGUCAAGUUCAAUCGGUUAAGGACUUCAUAUCAAUAAUAGCAGAAUGUUCUAAUGUAUUUCAAGAAA